AUGGUCCGCCUGAUCGCAACGCCUCGCAUCCUCGCCGCCCUCGAGGCAAUCCCUCCCUCCUCCCGCGAAGAGCUCAAUGUCCCCAACACGCUGAACCCGGGGAACCCGAUAUCCCACGAUCAAAUAAUCCGCAUAUCUCGCUAUUUCCGCGAUAAGCACAUAUCUAAAGAUGUCUCUAUAUCCACCAAGAUCGAAGGCAGGAGCUUCGACCUCGACUCCCUCCUCCGCGGAACAAGACUGCACAUCCCGCCUCCGCCUCCGAAACCAGAACCUAGCCCUGAAUACCUCGCGCUAAAAGCGCGCCUCCUCGCCGCCGCCGAAUCAGACGCCUACAACCGCAUGCUCCAACCACACACAGCACACGCCGCAAACAACACCUUAUCCCAAUCACCAGACAUCUUCGCAUCCUCAACACCAACCUUGGCCGCAUUACACGAUACAAACCCGAACGCGAACUCAGACUCCGAAUACAAUGACCCCCUCACUCCCUCCCUCGUGCUAAACAUCUUCCUCUCCGUCCUCAUCACCGGGUUCAGUGUCUACUGGGCGCUGACGUCGUUUCAGACGCCGGAGGUGCUAGUUUCGACCAUUGUGUCGAUGUGGUCGCCUUCUGCGAGGGCGUCUGUGCAUAAUCAUACUGGUGGUAGGGGUGCCUCUGAGCCCAUCCGCGUACUCCUUUCGCUGUUUGCGGCGCUGGCCAUUGGUGUUGCGGAAGUGACCAUUUAUGCGAUUUAUCUGGGAAAGGUGGAGCAAGCGAGGAAGAAGGAGAAGAAGAUGAAGGAGAGGAAAAGGGUUAUCCAAAAAGAGGAAGUUCGGGCGAGGGGUAAGGAUGCGGAUGAUGAAACUCCUAUUCCCGUGCCUGUUCCCGACAAGAAAGAUGAGGAUGUCAUCUGGGGACGAGGUCCCAAUGGAGGCGUACGGAGACGGGUAAGAGAAAAGUGGGAAGAAGGGGAGAAGAAAGACAAGGAUGAAGGCCAUGCUGGGUGA